CCCUCACUCUGAAGACGGAGGGCAGUUUGAAUGGCUGAAUACCAGAUGUAAAAUCUUGGGUGUACUUUCCAUUUAACUUUCCGAGUCAGACUGAAUAGGAUGGGUUAUCUUAAAAAAAUGAGGACUGGUGUAGCUUUACAGAGUAAUUGAAUGCAUGUUUCAGAAAAUAUGUUAAUUCCUUUUGGAUAAAGUGGCUGACUGACCUCCACCUGCCGGAGCACCUCUCUGAGGGGUUCAGUAGCCGAUGCCAUCAGCUCAGUAUGGAACGCACCACUGACUGGGAGAGUUUUGGUCCGCAUGAACUUUAGGCGCCGAGAGUUUUCCUGGAGGAAAUCCAGAGCCUGAGAAGUCAAAGAAGACAGCAGAAAUGACAAGAGCAGCUCUAACAACUUUUUUGAUGGUUGAGAGAAGACAGAAAAGAGAACACAAUAGAUUCACGGUAUAUUAAAGCAGCAAGAAUAUAUGAAUGCAUUACCUGCUGGUGCCCUGCAAUAACCCUGCCAUCUGGAAACAGGUAGUUGGCCACAGAGCACACAGGAUUCUCCAUCCCCAGACUCUUGCAGUGCUCUUUUGCCUGCAGACAGGCAUAAUUAUACUGAUCCUGAGGUCUACCAAUGACUGACAGCAUCCCACUGGGAACCAGUUCUGAGGCCUUCUGCAUAGUCUCCGCUCGCACCAGGCUGAGAUGCAGGUGAAGGAAAAGGAGGCUGAACAACAGAAGAAGAGGAUCAGGGAGCUGGAGCUGACACAGCAGCAGCUGGAAGUUGCCCUUAAUAUGGAGAUCCAGGCUCGGCUGGAGGAGGAGAGGGCCAGACUGGAGCUUGAGCGGUUGCUGCAGGCUGAAGAUGAAAAGAGGAAACAUUUCCAGCUCCUCCAGGAGCAGCAACGUACAAUGCAAAACCUCAGCCCCAUACAGGAGCUGUCAGAUGGCAGUCCCGAUGAGGACACCCCCUCAGCCCUCAACUCUGCCUCUCAGGAGCUCCAGGAUCUGCAGGCAUCUCGCCAAAGAAGCCACCAGCGUCUGGAGGAGGUUCAGGAGAGGCUGAGGAAUGCCAGUCAACAUGUACGGCACUGGAACAUCCAGCUGAACCGACUGAUGACCCCCAUUACUCCUGCAGAGCGACUGGAAAGCCGGCUGUUAUCAAAGCCCACAUGCCCUAAAAAGGAGGACGCGCUGGCCAGUAAUGAGUUCAUCACUAAGUUUAAGAUAAGAGUUGAUCAGAAUAGAGGCGAUGAUGAAAGUCUGGAGCAUCAGUUGGAGGCUGCCAACCUGUCUGAUGAAUCGUUCGAGGCCCAGACAGAAGUCAACGGACAAAUAUGAUCACAGACAUUUUAAAAACGCGAGUUGAGAGUUAAGGGGGAAAAAUAUUGUAAUAAGUAUAUAUUUGAAUUGCACACUAAGAUAUAAAGUGAUGGCAGCGAGCACAGUGUUGCAGGAUUUAAUUAAAAACACAUCUGACUAAGACCAACUGAAAUUUAGAGUUGUGUAUAAUAAAGUUUAUUCAUGAUUAAUAAAACAAAUCUGUAAUAUUUUUCUUUCUCUUUUGUCCAUUUGAAUCUCGCUACAGCUUAAAUAAAAGAAAAGAAUGUGUUUUGAAUAAAUUAAACUCUAUUCUCUCUUUUUCUUUCUUUUUUUCUUGGUGGGUUUUCAUUUGCAAUCAAAGGCAACAUUAUACAAUUAUAUAGUAUAGUAAGAAAUAUCCUUUAACUUAAUUUAGUAUUUGUUUUUUAAUUUUUGUUUUUAUUGUUUCCCCUUCAGUUUUGUGCUUAUAACAUGUUCUAAUCUGACAUAUUAUGCAGUAAAUUAUUUUUGCAGUAACUUAACAGGCCAUUGUGGGAGCCAACAUUCACUUAUCAAGGACAUAUUUGUAUAUUCUGUGGGCUGCUUUAUGGUUGUGUCAUUUAGAAACAUAAGCCACAACAGACUUCCACCGGAGAGUACUUAAAAAUGUAUUUUUAUGUAAAGAUAUUUUAAUUAACUACUAUAUUAAGAGCGAACCUAUUGUUACAUGGAUUAAUUGUACAAACUGUAGAGAAAUAAGUUUAAGCAUGCAACUUUUUAUUCAUUUUUAACUGUAUUAAUGUUUUUAUGUUGAUACAGCCGCCUCAUAUCUGUUUCCUCAGUGUUUUUUAAACCAUGUACUCCAUCUAUGAGUAAGAACAUGAAUAAAUUCCUUUCCAAAUU